AUGGAUAUGUUGACAAAAUUAGUUCUUCUUCGAGCUGCUGGCUUCCUACUGUGGAUCUUAUUAAGUGCGUGGGUGUUCCAUGAAGUGGAGUACACAGAAAAAAAUGAAGCUGAAGAAAAGUAUCGGUUGUUAGUCUCUUUGUACGUUUUCAUGAACUCUAAAUGUAACGUCAGUACGGAGGAGUUUGAUAACUUUACCAAACAAGUGCACGAGGCAUUGAGUGAGCCCAAACCAGAAUGGACCUACGUGGCUUCAUUUGACUUCGUUUUCCAAGCGUUAACUACAAUUGGUAAGGCCACAUGAAAUACAUUAUACAUUUCCUUACCUAAAUAGACCUAUGAAAGAGAAAGACGUUAUCUGGUAGCUUUCCAAUUUAUCUAAACCCCAGAUUCCCAAAUGAUAUUUGAAUAUUAAUGCUGGCUUUUCAGGUGAAAUUUAUCUCAGUUUUUUUUUUAUUCGAAAUACCGUAACGAAUGAAUAUCAUUUUAAGUCAGUUAUUACCCACAUAACUUAAUAACUGAAUAUCUUUCAGUGAAAAUAGGUUUGAAACAAUUUCGGUGAGCGAUGUACUCUGUAACUUCGCUGCCACCCUUUCAAUGACUUGAUUCAAAUAUUGACAUGAAAAUUGGAAGCAUUAACAGCCAAGAUUAGACAAAGUUGUUUCUAUAAAUUUUUUUAUUUUUCUUACAAAAAAGUUGGAGACACAUUUCCCACAUACUGUAUUAACUUUGUUAAUAAUUGAAUUAAUAAUGGUAACUCUAAGAGGUUGAAACAGUGAAAAACACAGUGCGGUAUUGGACUACAGUUCUGCCGGUUUCAGUUCGACCUGAUUUUCAUGUGUUAUUUAGCUAAAUGGAAAUAAUUUCAUAUCUGUCUUGGUGGAUUUCAAUCUUCCAAAGAAAUAUAGUCACUGGCUCCUGUGAUAAAGAUGGUUUAAUUACACGAAGCACAAGUGAAGUUUAUACGAGUGAGUCAGGGUGCACUUUGGUAAAUUUGUUAAAAAAAAAGACGUUUAUAAACCUUAUAUCCAACGACUGUUUAGUUAUCAUAUUGUGAAGUGAUUAAAAUAAUUACUACCUAAACAAACUAGAAGUCCAGGUAACUCAAAUCAUCGUAACCGAGGGUAUGGUAUACUACGCUAGUUUUGGUAUCGUGUAACGAAGUCUAAGCUGUUAAAAAAAAAUAGAAUUCAGAUCCUCGAAACACAACUCAAGAACAUUAACUUAGAAUUCUUUUAAUCAGCAUCCAUCAUUCCACCACAUAACUGAUGGCAGCUUGAAAAACAUUUCAGUAAUGCAUUUUCAACUUCUUAGUACGCAUGUUGACAAAAAAGGCUUCACCAAGUAAGCAGCAGUUUCAGUAUUAUAGCGGAGCUCGCAGAGCGUAGCCCAAUAAUUAUACAAAAUAGUAGUAACCCAUCGAGCCGAAAAAAUUUGGAUGUACGACCGUACAAGGUGCUACUUUUAACAUGCGUGGUCAACCGCGGGCACGCUUUGUCCAGUAGUCCAGUGGUUAGUGCACUGGGCUCCGAGUCGGACGACCCGGUUUCUAGUCCUGGCCGGGGCAAGGCGUUGUGCCCUUUAGACGUGCGGGAAAAAAAUGCGAGCUCCUCUUUUAGGCUUGGCUAAAUCUAUAUAUUAUCUUUAAGUUUGAAGUCUUAAUCCUUUAAACCCUAGAGUGACUGGCAUCAAAUAUUUCCCUACAUUAUCACCUCUGAAUCACACGAUGAGGUUAUGAAAAUAAAGGAAAUGAAUUUUGACUGGUAUGCAAAUUCUCCCUGUCAGCACCUUAUAAAAUGUAUAAAGAACAGUAUGGAGAAUAUGGAUACUGAUGUUAGGGUGUAAAGGGUUAAUGCUCGAAUUUCGUUCUAAUUUCAUUCUUCAGGAUACGGAUACAUCACUCCUCAAACACCCUCUGGUCAGGUGCUGUGUAUUUUUGUCUGUUUCAUCGGGAUUCCAAUGACUUUGCUCAUGUUGAAAUCUAUUGGAGAACUUAUUUCAAGGAGCGUUGAAACGAUCGUCACGAAGGUGGAAAAGAGACUACUGAAAAGAGAGGAACCAAAACACGUUAAAACGAAGAGUGCCAUAAUACUGUUUUCUAUAAUGAUAAUCAUACUACUGUCCUACACAAUGAUGCUUAACAUCGUAAUUAGUUGGACAUACGUUGAAGGAAUUUAUUUCUGGUUUGUAACCUUUACUACGAUUGGCUUCGGUGACUACAUACCACACAGACAAGAAAUGGCCACCCCCUCUUUAAACUCCAAAAAUUCUCCUAACAACGAAUCACUUAACACACCUUCUAUGUUCUUUAUCGGCAUCGCUUAUUACACCUCAACUUUGAUUGGCCUCUGCAUCGUGUCAAGUGUACUGGACUCCAUCGUGAAGGUUCUGGAAGAAAGGAGAUUGCGGCCUCGGUGCUCCACAUGUGUCCCUCGAAAAAACAAGAACCACGUUGGAAGUGACAAAUGCGACAUUCCUGAUAAGGAAGAGGCCGAAAAUACAUUUAUAGAAUUGGAAAAUUAUGGGCUCCAAAAGGAGAUAUCACAGUAA